CCUUUCUGGUAAAAUUUGACUGCCAAAAACCCUUUAUCCUCUCUCUCUCUCUCUCUCUGGGAAUCUGCAAAAUCUAUUCGAACCUCUAAAGCCCAAUUCAGAGAGAUAACACUGAGAUCGAGAUAGAUAGAGAGAGCCAUGGAGAGGCUUCUCUACUCUCCUUCUCCUUCCCUCCCUUCCCGAGUCAACCACCGCGCCCCUUCGCCCUCGCUCGUCCGGCUCGGCGGCGGCCGUUUCGACUCGCCCAGGCUCGGUUUCUCCGCGCCGGCGCGGCCCGAUUCGCGGCAGAUUGGCUCCAUCUCGUGCGAGCAUGGGAACUCUCCCCCGUCUCCGUCCCUUUCUUCGAAAUCGCUGGGUAAAUUCCCGUCUCCGUCGCUCCGCUCGCCGGAGGAAGCGCCGCCGGCUCCACAGCCAUCCGAGCCGACCGCAAUUGGAGAUUCUCGGAAGGUCAAGGGAUUAACUGCUGGAACUUUUGUGCUACUGUCUGCCCUUAUUGUGGCCUUAAUUCACCCGUUCUUCGCAUCACCCGCCUUUGCAACGUUUCAAAGUGCUGCUAAGACAGGUGGACCAGCAGCAGCUGCUGCUGUAGGAACAAGACUUGUUCGCACGGAAUUACUUAGUAGUGCCUGGACAGGUUUCUUCGCUGGGUGCUUGCACACUCUAUCAGGGCCCGACCACCUUGCUGCACUGGCCCCACUCUCUAUUGGUCGCACCCGUCUGGAAAGUGCUGUUGUUGGAGCCCUUUGGGGCUGUGGCCAUGAUGCGGGACAGGUACUAUUCGGCUUGUUGUUUCUACUACUGAAAGAUCGGCUGCAUAUUGAAAUAAUCAGAACAUGGGGCACGAGAGUUGUGGGCUUCACGCUACUUGUUAUCGGUGCUAUGGGAAUUAGGGAGGCUUCAGAAGUCCCCACCCCAUGCGUUGCCUUAGAAAAUGGGGAGUGUGAUGUUAGUCUCUAUGAAACACUCAACAACCACAAGUUGGGGAAGAAAAAGAAGAUUGGAUUUGCUACUUUUGCCACAGGGAUCGUUCACGGUCUACAACCUGACGCAUUGAUGAUGGUCUUGCCUGCACUUGCUUUGCCUUCUCGCUUGGCUGGUGCGGCAUUUCUUCUCAUGUUCUUGGUUGGGACUGUGUUUGCAAUGGGAAGUUACACAGUGUUUAUAGGCUCAUGCAGUCAGGCGCUGAAGGAACGGGUUCCCAGGAUAACUGAAAAGCUCACUUGGGCCUCUUCCCUAGUUGCGAUUGCCCUCGGACUUGCAAUUAUCCUUAGCCAGUUUUUUGGUUACAGCCUGUAUUAAUCCAUCGGUCUCGUAGUGGCACGGGCUUAGAAGCGUCCUGUAGCAUUAGAAAGAUCUGAGAAAGGCUCAAUUUGUUUUCGGCGGAAAUUCAUCAUUGCAUCACAUUGUUUAACAAGCAUUGACAUAUCCUUGCUUUUGAUUGUUGUGAUCUCAAUAUAGAAGCAAAUUUACUGAUCUACUGUUCUAUUUUUGGGUGUGUCGACAUGUUUGGUUGUUUUUUAUUCCUCGUCUCUGAAGAUGUUUUUAUGUAACAGAUGAUUGCAAUGCAAUCUAAUUAGCGUCGUGUCAAUCGAUACACAUUUAAUUUA